AACCAAUUGCACCACCACCGGAUGAAGGAGCCCAGCUGACACACCAAGAAGAGGUCUGUGUCUAGGGAAGUUUGGGGUUGAUCUUUUACUUCAAGAGAAUCUGCACUCCAUUAAUGCAAUACAAGAAGUAUGGCUUGAAAGAUUCGGUCACCAGCAAGUCAAACUACAGACAGCGAAAGGUUGGUCUGUUUACCAAAUAGGAAAAACUGGAAGGCAUAAAAGUGACAAAGAAUAUGCCAUUUGACACCUUCAGCUUUUGAUCUGUAUAGAAGACAAUGACAAGCCACGCUGUCACAGCGAUGACUGCUUCAGAAUGCUCUUCCAAAGGAACGCCCCUCCUUACUAGCCACAGCAACCAGAGAGCGCAUGACCUCGCGGGAACAUCCAAUUUCACUAACUGUACCAUGGACGAAAAAUUGCUUUCUGGUGUGUUAACAACCUUCUACUCUGUUAUUUUCAUCAUGGGACUAGUUGGGAACAUAAUUGCCCUCUACGUAUUUCUGGGUAUCCACCGCAAAAGAAAUUCCAUUCAGAUUUACCUACUUAACGUAGCUAUUGCUGACCUCUUACUUAUCUUCUGCCUUCCUUUCCGAAUAAUGUAUCACAUUAAUCAAAACAAGUGGACGUUAGGUGUGGUUCUUUGCAAGGUGGUAGGGACGCUCUUUUAUAUGAACAUGUACAUUAGCAUUAUUUUACUUGGAUUUAUCAGUUUGGAUCGCUACAUAAAAAUUAAUCGGUCUAUACACCAACGGAAGGCAAUAACAACCAGACAGAGCAUUUAUAUUUGUUGUACAGUAUGGACAGUUGCUUUUGUUGGAUUUUUAACCAUGAUUACUUUAACAAUUAAGAAAGGAGACCUUAAUUCCACACUGUGUUUUCACUACAGAGAUAAACUUCAGGAAAUGGGAGAGGCAAUUUUUAACUUCAUUCUCGUCGUGAUGUUCUGGCUAAUUUUCCUCCUAAUAAUCCUUUCGUAUAUUAAGAUAGGCAAGAAUUUAUUGAGAAUUUCUAAAAGGAGGUCAAAGUUUCCAAAUUCUGCUAAAUAUGCUACUACGGCCCGGAAUUCCUUUAUUGUACUCAUCAUUUUCACUAUAUGUUUUGUUCCGUAUCAUGUCUUUCGAUUUGCCUAUAUUUCUUCACAACUAAAAGUGUCAUCUUGUUAUUGGAGAGAAGUUGCUCACAAAACCAAUGAGAUUAUGUUGGUUCUGUCAUCUUUCAAUAGCUGCUUAGAUCCCGUCAUGUAUUUUCUGAUGUCCAGUAAUAUCCGCAAAAUAAUGUGCCAGCUUCUUUCUAGACGGUUUCAAGGGGAAGCAAGCAGGAGUGAAAGCACUUCUGAAUUUAAGCCAGGGUACUCUUUACAUGAUACAUCCGCCUCAACUAAACAUCAGCUUACUUAGUAAUGUACUUGAAGUAAAUGCAUUGAAGAGAAUAAUAAAGAAAUAACGCUUUUAACUCCUUGAAGAACUACAAAAUUAUGAAAGGAUCCUCUAGCUGUGGACAAAGUUCAGACAUACUCAGAGCUCUUUUUAGCUCUGUAGUGUUCCAUUAGCUUAAUUGUAAAAUACUUCAAUAGAAAGAAAAACCUUACACAUCACUAGAUUUAAAAUCUAUAUGUAAAAAAAUUUGUUCAGAUAUUACUGUCACUCUAAAACUCUUAACACAGUUUAUACGGUUUAGUGAAGUUUGUGACUUUAACAACGGGAUAAUUAAAGAAAAUGUCAUAGUUUCUCAAGACAUUCAAGUAGGUAUUAAAAACCAAGCACCUAGUACUAAUUUAAAGUGUCUUUAAAAGUAAGUUAAAUGAUUUGAGGACUGACAUUUAAAAUGUUACAAAAUAUAUGUAUAUUGUUAUUUUAAAAGUUUAUAUGAUUUGCCACUGAAAUUCAUUUAUGCCUAAACCUUUUGAUAACAGAUGAAAUGACAAUUAAUAAAAUUCUAAUGAAAGUAUAAUUACCCAUGA